AUGGCAGGGUGUGAGGUCCAAGAUAUCACAAUCUUCAAUGGGGUGUUUAAGAAUGUGGAAAGUGUGGCUGAAAUAUUUGACUGCCUGGGCCCCCACUUCAGCUGGCUGCAGGCCGUCUUCAGCAACUUCCCGCUCCUGCUCCAAUUCGUGAACGGCAUGCAGUGCGUGGCUGGUUUUUGUCCCCGGGACUUUGAGGACUAUGGCUGUGCCUGCAGGUUUGAGAUGGAAGGGCUGCCUGUGGAUGAACCUGACAGCUGCUGCUUCCAGCACCGCAGGUGCUAUGAGGAUGCCGCCGAGAUGGGCUGUCUCCAAGACCCCGCCAAGCUCAGUGCAGAUGUGGACUGUGUCGGCAAGCAGAUCACAUGUGAGUCCGAGGACCUGUGUGAGCACCUGCUGUGCACCUGUGACAAGGCCGCCAUAGAGUGCUUGGCUCGGUCCAGCAUCAACUCCUCCCUGAACCUCCUGGACCCCUCCUUCUGCCUGGCUCAGACUCCAGAGACAACCAGCCAGAAAGAGCUGGCAACACUGCUGCCUGGAGGGCCAAGACAGGAUCUGCAAGGCAUGGAAGCUGCUGAGGCCACACCUGCUCCAGGGUCUGCUGAGAUCGUUGCCACAGCUAAGGCUGUGACCCUUGGCCCUGCUGGCAGUAACUCUUCGGGGUUGGUGGCAUCAUCCAUUGAAAGCCGGUCACAGGCAGCUGGACCCGGAGCCUGCGACAGAUUCACCUUUCUGCAUGUGGGAAGCGAGGAUGACACUCAGGUGAUGGAGCAGCUUGGAGAGAUGCUCUUCUGUCUGACGUCCCGGUGCCCAGAGGAGUUCGAAUAUCAUGGCUGUUACUGCGGCCGAGAAGGACGAGGCGAGCCGAGGGAUGCCCUGGACAGGUGCUGCCUGUCCCAUCACUGCUGCCUGGAGCAGGUGAGGAGGCUGGGCUGCCUGCUGGAGAAGCGUCCUCGGUCUGAGGUGCUGUGCGUGGACCACACACCCAAGUGUGUAGGGCAGAGCCUGUGUGAGAAGCUGCUCUGUGCCUGUGACCAGACAGCGGCCGAGUGCAUGGCCUCCGCCUCCUUUAACCAAAGUCUGAAGUCACUAGAUGGACGCGAGUGCCAAGGCAAGCAGACGCUGUGCGAGGACAGUGUGCUGGGAGGGUCCUCGGCCUCCUCUGUUGGCUCCAGCUCUGAGGAGAACAGUGAGGAGGCCACACUUCACACAGAAGGCCUCAGAAGGAGCGGAUUUCUGAGACGGCCGCUUGGUCCCGUGGUGGCCAGGCCGCCCCAUGGAAGUUAGACCCCAGAGAGCACGGCUGACAUACCCUGCAGUUCUGCCCUGCAGUCCUGUCUGUCCAAUGCAACCUUGGCAGAGGCUCCGAGGGACAGAGCCAGCGAAUUGCCUGGCCACAUGGGUCCUGCUGUUUGUCAGUUCUUGUGCCUGGGGCACCACGAGAGGUUGGAUGAUACAUACUUCUCAAUGUUCCAGGUGCACAAUGGCUCCCCAAUAAAUAUUCCAAUCCGUGA